UAUGCUUGCUCCCCAAGUCCCCGCCACCAUAACCCUCCAUUUCGCAAUUACACAUCUGCAUCGACGAAAUUCAAAAUUUCAUUUCCAUCCAUACGGUUUUAUCCACCUAAUUUGUCUUCUUCUUCAUUUCUCGGUUAGGGUUUCUUGAUUUUUGAGAUCGAUCGGAGUGCGACACGAUGCCGGUUAACCUCACGCGCAACGCGAUUGCGGCAAUCAAUGGCGGCGAUGUGAACUCGAAGCCGCUGGUUCAGGUUAUGGAUAUCAAGCUGAUUGGGAGUAAUCAGCAGAGGUACCGCCUCCUCCUCUCUGACUCCGAGUCGACUCAGCAAGCGAUGCUCGCUACUCAACUCAACGAUCGAGUCAGGACUGGCCAAGUCAAGAAAGGAUCGGUCGUCCAGUUGAUCGAUUACAUUUGCAGCACAGUUCAGAAUCGGAGGAUUAUUGUUGUACUGAACAUGCAAACUAUAAUCCCAGAAUGUGAAAUGAUUGGCAAUCCAAAAAUGCUUUCAGAUUCUGAUUCAGCUACUCUAAGGACAUUGCCAAAUAGCAAAUUGGAGCAGUCAGUGAGGGUUAGCAAUAAUAAUUCUAGUGUCCAAGUUCCUGUUGAUAACCAGCAGAGUUUCCGACCAACCAUUCAACCUCCAUAUCAACCAACCCCAAAUUACAAAAGGCAUGGCCCAAUAAUGAAGAAUGAGGCACCGGCAAGAAUCAUUCCUAUUGCUGCUUUGAACCCCUAUCAAGGACGGUGGGCUAUCAAGGCUAGAGUGACUUCCAAAGGAGAUCUCCGUCGCUACAAUAAUGCCAGGGGAGAUGGGAAGGUCUUCUCAUUUGAUCUCCUUGACUCUGAUGGAGGGGAAAUAAGGGUGACCUGCUUCAAUGCUGUUGUUGACCGCUUCUAUGAUGUUAUUGAGGUUGGCAAGGUCUAUUUGAUUUCAAAGGGUAGCUUGAAACCUGCACAAAAGAAUUUCAACCAUCUGAAGAAUGAGUGGGAAAUAUUCUUGGAAUCAAAUUCAACCGUGGAGCUUUGCCCUGAUGAAGAUGGUUCCAUACCAAGACAGCAGUUCUCUUUCAGACCAAUCAGUGAAAUUGAGAAUGUUGAAAACAAUACCGUACUUGAUGUUAUUGGUAUUGUGAUAACUGUGAACCCUUCAGUUCCUAUCAUGAGGAAGAAUGGUAUGGAAACUCAGAGAAGAAUUCUGAAUCUGAAAGACUCUUCUGGAAAGAGUGUUGAGCUUACCCUUUGGGGUGAGUUCUGUAAUAAGGAAGGUCAAUUGCUUCAAGAGAUGCUUGAUUCUGGGUCAUAUCCAGUUUUGGCUGUCAAAGCUGGAAAGGUCAACGAUUUCAGUGGAAAGUCCGUAGGGACUAUCUGUUCCACCCAGCUUUUCAUAAAUCCAGAUUUUCAGGAGGCUCAUGGCUUGAGAGAGUGGUUUGAUCGAGGGGGAAGGAAUGCUGCUUCUGUUUCUAUUUCUAAAGAAAUUAUGCCUGGUGGAAAACAAAAUGAGAUACGGAAAACUGUGUCUCAGAUCAAGGAUGAAGGUCUGGGAAGAUCAAGUAAGCCUGACUGGGUCACAGUGAGGGGAACUGUAGUUUUCAUUAAAACAGAUACGUUUUGUUACACAGCUUGCCCACUGAUGAUUGGUGAUAAACAGUGCAAUAAGAAAGUGACGCCAUCAGGUAAUACAGGAUGGCUAUGUGACCGGUGCAAUCAAGAAUUUGAGGAAUGUGAUUACAGGUAUCUUCUCCAAGUCCAGAUUCAAGACCAAACUGGACUGACUUGGGUAACAGCUUUCCAGGAAUCCGGGGAGGAGAUCAUGGGCUGUUCAGCCAAGGAAUUGUACUUGUUGAAAUAUGAAUCACAGGAUGAUAUAAGAUUUGGAGAAAUCAUUCGGAGCAGACUGUUUCACCAAUAUCUGUUCAGGCUUAAAAUCAAAGAGGAAAUGUAUGGUGAUGAACAGAGAGUGAAGAGCACCAUUAUUAAGGCAGACAAGGUGAACUAUUCUUCAGAAAGCAGAUACCUGCUUGAUUCCAUUUCAAAAUUUUUACGAAUGAAAAGGAAACUCUGAGCCUAAGUAGAUGAUGCUAUACCCUUGAUUCUACUAGGUAGAUUAGCAAUAUUUGGUACAUGAUUGAAUAUAGAAUGACUAACCUUUUCCAGGCUUUGCCAGAAAGGUAUCAUCAUUUGCAAUUCUGCAUCACUCUUGAUCUAUAGAAAUUUAUUUUAUUGCACUUUUUUUGUUGCUUUGGAAUGCUUCUUAAUUGAAGUAAAUGAUAUUACUUCUA